AUGCGCAUGCUCUUCCUCGUGCUCGCCGCGCGCUCGGGAGCCGGAGUGGCGGGGUCGGAGCUGCUGCAACGGCGCGAGUGGCCGCGAGGGGUCGUGCUGGGGCUCUCCAGAGGGCGAGACCACUACGCGGUGCUCGCGGCGGCGCACGGGGCAGCUUCAGCUGAAACAGAGCCUCAGCAGCGCCUUCAGGCAGUGCAGCACAACGCCAGUGGCCUCUCUGGAGCUAUGCGGCGGCUGGCGGACCUGUGCGAUGGCGCCGAUCCGUGGGCUCGGGACGCGCAGUCGGCUCGCGUGCCGGUUGCCGAGUCAGCCUGGCUGGCGAGAAGCGCCAAGGCCUUCCCUGCAUUCUGGGCGCUGCCCAGAAGUGCGCAGUACCUUUGCUGCGCCGACGGGCGGCCUCGAUGCGGAUUGCCGCGAGUGGCGUGGGAGCCUUCUUUCUUUCUGGAUAUCCUUUGGCCGCGUUGGGUAGCGAGGAUUGGUGUAACUCAAGUCCAAGUUCUCGAGGUUCUCGAGGUGGAUAUCCUUUGGCCGCGUUGGGUCGCGCAGCUCGCCGAGGCGUGCUUCGCCUUCGACCCGCUCGAGCGGCCCACGGCGAGGGAGUCCAAGGAGCCCAAGGUGUUCUCCGCCUGCUCCGCCCGCUCCGCCUUCUCCGAGCCCGUAUGA